UUUUUUGGCAACAUGAAGCACUGGAAACACAGCUCGUCUCUGGUUUUGGCCACCGUCCUGCAAAUGGAGCUGCUGCUAGGACUGCUGCCGCACCAAGGACUGGCCGUGACCAUGGAACAGAUGAUGCAGUCGAUGGACAUGCUGCGCGGCGCCUGUCAGCCCAAGUUUAAGGUGACCACCGAAACAUUGGAUCGAAUCCGCGCAGCGGACUUCAGUAUGGAGCACACGAAGGACUUGAUGUGCUAUACCAGGUGCAUUGCCCAGAUGGCGGGCACGGUGACCAAGAAGGGAGAGUUCAGCGCCGCCAAAGCGUAUGCCCAGCUGCCAAUCAUCUUGCCGCCGGAAAUGCUGGAGGCUGGCAUGGCGUCCGUAGACGCAUGCAGGGAUGCGCAGAAACCGUACAAGGAUUCGUGUGAAAAGAUCUUCUAUACAACCAAAUGCAUGUCAGAGGUGGAUCCCAGCAAGUUUACGUUCCCAUAAAAAGCAAGGGGAUUCGUUUAAUUCUUGAAUGCGUAAUGUGUACUUACUCGGACGCUUCUCCUUGCCCUGCAACGUGAUAGCACGAAUAUACAGAAUUAGUUUUACAGCAAAAAAUAUGCACCAAUAAAGGAUUAAGUGGAUUGAUUAGCUUA